AACCACUGCCUCCCCCUUUUGUACCCUGCGGCCCUCCACCUAGACCUAUCUCUUCCCGGAGUCUCCCGGGUUUCUUAACUGCCUCGGUGCUUUCUGGAGAUACUCCCCUUCUUCGAACCCAUUCUUUGAUAAUCCACGCCGUCCACAAUGCGAAUUACUCUAAGCCUAGCGGUUCUAACCGCCGCCGUCUCCUCCGCCCGGGCCUUCCACCAAGGCUUCAACUACGGCGCCUUCUUCACCGACAACUCCCCCAAGAUGCAAUCCGAUUUCGAAGCCGAGUUCAAAACCGCCCAGAACCUCGAAGGCGCGCCAGCAACCGGCUUCAACAGCGCGCGCCUCUACACCAUGAUCCAAUGGGGCACCGCCACCGCCCCCAUCAGCGCCAUCCCCGCCGCCAUCGCCACCAACACGACCCUCCUCCUGGGGAUCUGGUGCUCCGCCGGCGCCAGCGCCGUGACCAACGAACUCGCCGCCCUCCAAACCGCCAUCGCCACGCACGGGCCCGCCUUCACCGACCUCGUCGUCGGCAUCGCCGUCGGCAGCGAGGACCUGUACCGGGCGUCGCCCACGGGGCGGGCGCACGACCCUAGCGCGGCGGGCCUAGGUGCGGAUGUGCUUGUGGGGUAUAUCAACCAGGUGCGGGAGGCGGUGAGGGGGACGCCGCUGGGGGGUGUGCCCGUCGGGCAUGUGGAUACGUGGUCGGAGUGGGUGAUGCCGGGGAAUCGGCGGGUGGUGGAGGCGGUGGAUUUCGUGGGGAUGGAUGCGUAUAGCUAUUGGGAGGGGGGGGUGGUGAAUGGGGUGGAGGAGGGGAGGCUGUUGUUUGGGCAGGCGAUGGAGAGCACGGUGGGGGUUGCGGUGGGUGGGAAGGGUGGGAAGGGUGGGGAGGGGAGGAGGAAGCCCGUGUGGGUGACGGAGACGGGGUUUCCGGUGAGUGGGAAGACGGUGAAUGAGGCGGUGCCGUCGGCGGAGAAUGCGAGGAGGUUUUGGAGGGACGUGGGUUGUGGGUUGUUUGGGAAGGUGGAUGUGUGGUGGUAUACGCUGCGCGAUGCGGGGAAGGGGACGCCGGAGCCGAGCUUUGGGAUCGUUGGGGAGGGUCUGGGAAAGCCGCUUUUUGAUCUUUCAUGUGGUGAGGCUAAGGGGACAGAUGGGGACGAUGAGGCGUGCGAUGCUGAGUGAGCGAGAUCACUGGGCAGGCUUCUGGCAGGGCUGCGGCGUUGAUGUCGCCUUCGAUAAAUAACUGGUUCGGUUGGCAGGGUAUUCAAACGGAC